CGUAAAUCCGAACUUGCUCCCCACAGGAGACAUCAGCACAUUUAGAACGUCGGAAGGGUGAGAGGAGAUGAAAUAAUCCUACGGAGCUCCAGGAACUCAGAAUGAGUAAAUACGUUCGCCAUGAGAAAUCGCAACGCAAACAUCCUGUGGUGUCUAGCGCAACCUCUCCAAACAAUCCUCUAGUGGCUCCUACCGCCCCAAGGGAAAGACCUGGCUGGAAAGGCCCGGGAUUUGUCAAGAAGAUACGAACGCAACCAAAAGCAAACGCUGGACAGUCGAAAUGUGAGAAACUAUUCCCAGCUGUUCAACAGCAGCACCUUCCAUUGCCACUCCAGCAGUUGCUUCUUAGCGUACUCCGAGCCUCAUUUCCGGUGUGCCAAGACUACGACACACUCAAGCCUAUUCUGAGAGAAAUCAGACUAGCUAUGUCCGAUGGGGAUUCCGCCAAGGCAUUUUCUCGACCGGACUUGAUGGUGGCCUAUGCAGUGAGAUGGAGUUCUGUAAGGGCAUUGUGUUGUGCUACUGUAUUCGUGGAGAUCUUGCAAGAUUUUCACGCGGAGAUCUGGAUUGAGAAUUUAUUCGAGUAUGGGCACGACUCUAAACAGUCGCUGAAAGUAACCUGUUUUGGAGGCGGAGUCACGGAAAUUCUGACCUUUGCAGCGGUACUACGGCAUAUUCGACCUCAUAUGACCAUUCAGCAGAGUCACGCCAGUGGUCUCGCCGCUAUUCAGAACAAAUGCACGCCAGUUUUAGAUCUCAGGCUGUUGGAUAGCGCAGAUUGGGCUCCAGCGGUUUCAAUUCUGGAGAAUGCGCUCCUGACACCUCCCGUACUUUCAAAAUACGCUAGUCAGUCUGCAAUUCUCAACAAUACGCCUUUCAUCACUUCAAAUGACCUGCGAGCUUCUUUCCAGCAGACCAAUGCUCUAGAGCUUAGCCAUCAGGAGCUGAGAGCCAUUGUGGGCCAUGUACCAACUCUCAUUACACUAUUUUUCACGCUCAAAGACCUUCACGCAGCCUCAACUGCCAGGACAGCAGCUCUACUACUCAAGUUAUCACUUGAAGCUCCUAGAGGUAGUCUACUCUUAGUCAUAGACAGCGCCGAGCCGUUACAAAAAGCUGCCGAUGGGCUAGAUGAAGCAGACAAAUACACCAAAAAAUAUGGUAUCAGCAACUUCCUUGACCUGGUGCUCAUGGAGAAGGUCCCAAAUAGUACAGGUGGAAAGACCGCUUGGGAGGAGUUGAUCAGAGAUGACAAUCGGCUUUUCAAGCUGGCGGAGGGUCUCAAAUUUCCAAUCGGUUUAGACCAUGUCACAUUCCAACUCCAUCUAUUCAAGAAGAGGUAAUGGGAUACGUACCGAGUCACAGAGAGACUAAACAUUUUCAAACGACGUGUGCCCUGGGAGUUGUCGUUGAGGCUGCUAAGGCUCGUCCGGUGGGCCAUUCUGGGCUAAUACGGGAAGCUAAAUGAAUCACUUGUGCGGAACGUCUACUUUAAUAUUUCGGAAUAAUCUUUUUAUUUAUUCUGUCUUAAUCUUUACUUUAUUUAGGUGCUAUAUAUUUAUUAAAAAGCACUAUUAUCU